GCGCGAGCGCCGUCUCAGUGACAGCAGUUUGACAGCCAAACUUUCCGCUGACAUUUUAAUGUGUGAGGCUUUUUAAAUGGAGCAGGGAGAGCCUGGACCUCGGAAGAAGAGUUGGAGGAGACGCUACAUUGUGUUAGGUGUCCUCGGCGCCCUGGUUCUCAUUGUUGUCAUCGCCGUUGUGGUGGCACUGGUACUCCGUAACGAUACACUGCAAUUUAAAGGAAUAUUUAUCGACAGGUGUAAGAAGUUCAAUGGAUACGACUGUAAGAAGGUGUGGGAAGCAUUCGAACAAGCCUAUGUCGGGCGGGACCCUUGUGACGUUCCCAUGGAAGCCUAUGAUCCUUUCGUUGCCGCGACGCCCUUCGAACCUGCAUGCAACAGAAUGAUGUUCUGGAGCAAAACGAAGGAUGUGGUCCAUGAGUUCACCGCGAAAAGUGAUUGUUUUGUCACCCUGGAGGACACCGUGUUGGGAGCGGUGGCGGAUGGUCUGAUCUGGUGUGGAAAGGAGGGCAGCAGUGAAACAUUCACUACCGACUGCCCAGGAUGGAGAGACUGUGUGAACAACCCUGUUCGCUCAUUUUGGAACAGAGUCUCAGCUGCUUUUGCAGAUGCUGCCUGUGGCAAUGUCACAGCAAUGCUAAAUGGAUCCAUCGAAACCCCAUUCAGUUCUCAAAGUAUUUUUGGGAGCAUCGAGUUGCUGAGGUUCAACUCCACCAGGAUGGAAAGCCUGAAUAUUGUAAUGGUCACACAGAAGAACCCUGUGGCAAACUGCACAAAUGAGUCUCUAAACAUUUUACAGAGAAAGCUGGACAAAGGAAUUCAAUAUUACUGCAACGACGUGUCUGAAGCUCAGCUCGAGGAGUGCAGCAACAAUUCACAGACAACCUGUGGAGCAUGUUGGUGAAGAUGUGUGAACUAAACAAGACUAACAAUAACCUGCUAUAAAAUAUAUUUUUAUAGAGUUCAGUACUGUCUUUGUUAAUGAACUAAUUCUCUAAGUUCUGUUAUACUGUAUAUUGGAAAUUGUAAUUUUUCUUGUAACUGUGGGCCAGUUUGACUUUUUUUAUAUAAAUGUCAUUGAUACAUUAUUACAAUAUGACAAUGCACCUUUGUAUCUUUAAUUGAAAAGGUUCUGGGUGUGAUGGGGAAGCUUUUUAUCAAAUGUUAAAGAGUUGAGGCAAUGAGUGAAAUAUAAGUGCUGCUAUCUAAUUACAUUCAAUUGACAAUCUCACUCAUACCUGGUGGGAGAAUUUGAUUUUUAUUUUUGAAAUAAAAUGUUCAACUAUGAGCUUGU